AUGAAUGGAGGAUCUGAACUCAAUGGGUCGGUGACGGUGAAGGUGGUCAUCGCACUGGAGGAGGUAGCAGAAAGUAAGCAAGGGCAAGGUGAUGCCGCUAAUACAUGCUCAUUCCAUCAAACAUCUGGUCAAUUCCAAGAACACAUAGACCUACAGAAGAUAUCUAAAAUAAUGUUUAGAAAUGAAAAAUACAAUAUUCUUAAACCAACAUUACAUGUUGUAAGAGAUCAUUUCAAAGACUUUAUACAAAAAAGGAACAGCGGAAAUUUUCCAACAGAUAAAGUAUAUUUAGAUAAAAAUGGUUUUAGACAUUUUUGGGAAGGCAUGGAGAUCUCUAGGCCUAAAAGUUUACGCAAAGCUGAUUUAUCUGACAAAGCAAUGACCUUAAACACUGACAAAGAAAACAUAUUACUUAAACUCAAUAAGAAAGAAAUUUCUACUGUCAAUAAUUUUAAUAAAAAUGACACAACAGUCAAAAUUAAAGAUAAACCAAGAAGAAAGAAGAAAAUAGAAGUAGAUAUCUUUACUCCAGCUAAACAUAGUUUAAGAGAAAAGUCAACUGUUGUGAAAACUACUUUUUUUUGUCCAUUUUUUGGUGUUAUUACAAUGUCUACUAAUGUUGGUAAUAAUUUUAAUAAUCUCAAAGAUACUGCAAGACAUUAA